GGUAAACAUUCGCCGUUUUGCUCUCGACCGGUUCGGACGCGUUUCGUUUCGUGCUCGCGCGCGCUUGCUGUCUGUGCAAUUUGCUCCGUGUAAUGUGCGGGCGUGUGUGUGUUUGCUUUGAUCACAGCAACCCGGGUUUUUUUGCUGUCCGUGUGUGUGUGUGCACGCGCGUUUUGUGACGAUGUUGCCUGUAUAACAGCAGCAGCAGCCUACUAACACGGACUUCAUCCCUCGCGUUCGCCGCCGCACCUACUUUGAUGUAUGUGCAAAAAAUAGUGAAAUAAAAAAUGGAAUAAUUUUAACGUGCAACGAAAAUGUGAAUCAAAAGAAAACUUGACGAAAUUUUAAAGUGAAAAAAAAAAGUUCUUCGUCGCACACGGUGACGAAUGAGUGUUUUUUUUGCUGCGAUAAGAAAAAUCAAAUUAAUUAAACAAAUUUUGAUGGUGGUAUUGGUGGUGACUUAAUCCGCCCGAAAAUAAAUAGAAUCAAACAAAAUUCAAUCAAAAUGACGGUGUGGAAAAGUGUUGGCGAUGCGAAAAUGCUCGCAAUCGCGAAAGCAAACUACAACGAGUCCGGCAAAGAGCACAGACUGGAGCUGGACCUCGGAGACUCGGUAGUCGUUCUGCAGGAAGCUGCCAGUUGGUACUACGGGUACAGCAAAAGUCGGCCUUCGGUGCGGGGGAUCUUCCCGAAGAGUUACGUCCACAUCGUCGAGUCUCGCCAGGUCAAGGGAGGCGAGCUGCAGAUCGUCCGGAGCGAGAUUGUGGAGGAGAUCACCACCGUCCUCGGCGAGUGGCGCCACCUGUACCGGAGGUUCUAUCUGCAGACCCAUCCGGACUCGAAGACGAUCCGGACGAAGAUGCUGGAGCUGAUCCGGCUGAGGUCCCAGCUGUUGUCGGGGAAUUUGCCGGUGGACGAGAUGAAGGACAUCCGGUUGAAGGCGACUUCGGAGAUCGAUACCGGGAACAAGAUUCUGCGGUUGGAUAUGGUCGUGCGCGAUGAAUGCGGGAACAUCCUGAACAUCGACAAGACGUCGACGACACAGCUGUACGAGCAUCACCUGAACGCCGUUGAUCGGAUAAAGAGAGCGAGUACUUCCACUGGCAAGAAUCGGAUCGUGGAGACCAUGAACCGGCACUCACACAAUCUGCUGCUGUCGGUGCACAACUUUGUGUGCAGGUUGUGCGAGGAUACGGAGAUUCUGUUCACGCUGUACGACGGCGAGGAGAUGCGGGCCAUCACAGAGAACUACGUGGUCAAGUGGAGCCGGCAAGGGGUGGCGGCUGAUCUAGAUCAGUUUAACAACAUCAAAGUAUUGUUUACGGAUCUCAGCGGGAACGAUUUGAGUCGGAAUCGGAUAUUUUUGGUGGCGUACGUGGUCCGGGUUGGAGCGAUGGAAGGUAAGGACACCGAUUCCCGGCGGAGUAGCAUGGCGAACUCGGUCGGGAGUUCGAGCGUCGGCAAGACCAAGGGUCAGCUGACGAGCCAGAUGAGCAAUCCGGCUAGUCCGGGGUUGAACUCGAGUGGGACGGAGUCUGGUGGGCAUGAACAGCAGAUGCGGAGGCCGUUUGGGGUGGCCACGAUGGAUUUGAAGCCGAUUAUUAAGCGGUCGGAAGAUUUCAAGGGAGAUUCCCAGCUGAAGAUGCCAUUUAUCGCUUGCGAGAAGGAAUCGCUGGAGAGUACGUUGAAGAAGUUGAUCACAAAUAAAGAUUUGGGUGAGAAGAGUGAGUCUGGUAUUUGGAUCAGUGUGGACAUUCUGCAUGGUGACAUCAAGCAGGUCAAGGAGGAGUAUCCGCAUUUGGUUCUGGGUAACGUGGCGUUCGCCAGGAAGAUGGGCUUCCCGGAAGUGAUCUUCCCUGGGGAUGUCCGGAAUGAUCUCUACCUGACUCUGGUGUCGGGUGAGUUCUCCAAGGGCUCCAAGAGUAGUGACAAGAACAUUGAAGUGACGGCCGUCGUUUGUAACCGGAGUGGGGAGGCCAUUCCGGGUGUCAUCUGCUACGGUGGUGGAGGAACUCCGCUGAACGAGUACAAAUCGGUGAUCUACUACCACGACGACAAGCCCAAGUGGAACGAGACGUACAAGAUCGACGUGCCAAUCGAGGAGUUCAAGCAGUGCCAUUUGCGGUUCACCUUCAAGCACCGCAGCUCGAACGAGGCCAAGGACCGAACGGAGAAGCCGUUUGGCUUGUCCUUCGUCAAGCUAAUGAACGACGACGGAACGACCCUCCAGCACAAGCGUCACCAGCUGCUAGUCUACAAGAUCGACCACAAGAAGUUCGAUCACGACACCCAGUACAACUACCUGCAGCUGCCGGCCCUGGCGGACGAGCUGGUCAACGUGAGCGGUGGUAAACCAUCCGUCAGUGGGUUCAGCCUUGCCUCCAAGGACAAUCUCACCAUCGAAACGAACCUGUGCAGCACCAAGCUGACCCAAAACGUGGACAUCCUCGGCCUGCUGAACUGGUCUUCGCGCAAGGAAAAGAUGGAGGAGUCGCUGAACGCGCUGAUGAACGUCAAGGGCGAAGAGGUGGUCAAGUUCCUGCAGGACAUCCUGGACGCGCUGUUCAACAUCCUGGUGCUGAACGAGGAUCCGGUCAAGUUUGACAACCUGGUGUUUCGGUGUCUGCUGCGGCUGAUCGAGAUUGUGUACGACCUGAAGUAUCAGCACUUCCAAUCCGUGCUUGAUCUGUACAUCAACGAGAGCUUCUCGGCGACGCUGGCUUACGAGAAACUUAUCAACGUGGUCCAAACCCACAUCAAGAACGCCAUCAACAACGUGGUCAGCAGUAGCGGUUCCGGGUCGGUGUCCGGCUCGUACAGCGGUAGUACGUACGCGAUCAACGAGAACGACGAAACGCUCUUCCGGACGACCAAGUACCUGCAGUACAUCAUGAAGUUCAUCAUCCGGUCGCGGAUUUUGUUUGCCGACCUUAACCAGGACAAGGACCGCGAGCUGUUUGAAACUAUGCUGGAGGACCUGCUGGAGUCGUUCAUCGAGCUGAUCAAGUACCAGAACGAUCUGCUCAAGUCGCAGGGUGCACUGCUCAAGUAUUUGCACAUCAUAGCGUCGGACCUGAUGCAGGUGUACGAUCCGGUCAAGCUCAGCCAACGCAUCGUGGACAUCAUCACGAACGUUCCGACGGGUCGACUCAACCAGUCCAAGAUGACCUGUAUCAAGGACGUGUGCGACUCGAAGCUGUUCAAGCUGCCGCAGUGUCGAGCGAUUUUGCUGCCGGUGUUCUGCCGGCAGAUCAAGGACAAACUGGAGAGCAAAGAAGAGGGUGACUUUAUGUUCGACAUCCGGCAGCAGGAGAAGAACCUGAUCAAGGCGGCCAAGGUGCUCGGGGAGAGCAAGUCGCAGCUGCACACGCGCGAAACCACCGCCAAGACGAAGGUCGCCGAAUGCGUCAACAUCAUGAACAACAUGCUGGAACUGCUGUUCCACAGUGUCGAGGACAUCGGUCCGAUCGACAACGACGUGCGGGAGAUCAUGCAGAUCUUGCUGCGAACCGUCAUCCAGAGUUCGAUCGCGAUGGACCGGGACAACCCGCUGGUGGGUAACCUGGUGGCGAUCAUGCUGGGAAUCUUCCGGAGCAUGAACGCCGGCCAUUACAGGGCGUACGUGCAGAGCUUCCUCACCAGUUACGAUCUGUUGGACUUUUUGACGGAGAUUCUGCUGGUGUUCAAGGAGCUGGUUUCGAAGCCGGUCUUUCCAGCGGAUUGGUUGGACAUGAUCAUGCACCAGAACACGGUAAUCCUCGAGAGUCUGAGGCACUUUGCCGGGAUCAUUAUGGAGUGGUUCUUCUCUCCGUUCGAGAAGCAAGUUUGGUCCAACUACUUCCAGUGCUCGAUCACGUUCCUAACGCAGCCGGCGCUGCAGCUGAAUCUGUUCAGCAAGACAAAGCAGUCGAUGAUCUUGAGCAGCUACCGGGAUAUCCGACGGGAGACGGCGUUUGAGAUCCGGAAGAUGUGGUUCAACCUCGGAGAGCACAAGAUCAUGUUUGUGCCGCAGCUGGUUGGUCCAAUUCUGGAGAUGAGCAUGAUUCCGGAAGUAGAACUGCGCAAGGCAACGGUUCCGAUCUUCUUCGACAUGAUGCAAUGCGAGUACUACAGCUCAAAGUACGUGAUGGAGAGCUACGGAGAUACCAAGAGGAACACGAGCCACAUCAAGGGAAACUUUAACGACUUUGAGAAGGAGAUCAUCGAGAAGCUCGAUCACUACAUCGAGGGUGGGUACGGUGAUUCCGAGUACAGGGAACUGUUCUACGACAUCAUGUACGAAUCGUGCAGUAACCACAGCACGUUGAGGGUACCUGGUAUCCAGUGCGUUGACGUCUUGACGAAGUUGAUGGACAAGCUGCUGGAGUACCGGUGUCUGAUCCACGACGAGAGUCGCGAGAACCGCAUGGCUUGCACGGUCAGCUUGCUGCAGUUCUACUCGGAGGUGAACCGCAAGGAGAUGUACAUCCGCUACGUGAACAAGCUGUGCGAUCUGCACAUGGACUUUGACAACUUCACGGAAGCGGCGUAUACACUGAAGUUGCACAGCAACGAGCUGUACUGGGACGACACGCCGCUGUCGCCACUACUCAAGUCUAGUCGACAUCUGUCCUGCAGUACGCAUUGGGCACUCAAGGAGAAGCUCUACCGGGACAUAAUCGACCUGUUCGAUCGCGGUAAGAUGUGGGAAUCGGCGAUCGACAUGUGCAAGGAGCUGUCACAGCAGUACGAGAACGAAAUCUACGACUAUCUGGGGUUGGCGGAACUCUACAAGAAGAUGUCACAGUUCUACGAGAAGAUUCUGAGAGAGAAGCGGUACGAGUCGAACUACUACCGAGUGGCAUUCUAUGGGUAUGGAUUCCCACAGUUCCUACGGAACCAGGAGUUCGUGUACCGAGGCAACGAAUACGAGGACGCUGGAUCGUUCAACACGCGGAUCCUGAGUCAACAUCCGAGGGCGGAGCUGGUGCCGACGUUGAACCCGGGACCGGAGAUCCGACAGAGCGAUGGUCAGUACAUCCAGAUCGUUAAGGUGGACCCCGUCAGUAGGGAUAUCCGGAUCGGCAAAGACAGAAAGAACAUCGCGGCGAACAUUGUCAAGUUCUACCAGUCAAACAUCGUGAGCGAGUUCCAGUUUUCACGGCCGAUCCGGGAUUCCUGCGGCUCUGGAGAUGACAUCGCGAACACCUCGUACGAGAGGACGAUGCUGAGGACGACGGACGCACUGCCGGGUAUUCUGCGAUGGUUCCCGGUCAAGUCUUCCGAGACUGUCAUGAUCUCUCCCAUCGAAAUGGCCAUCGAAACAGUAGAGGCCAAGAACCGAGCGAUCCGGGAGCUGGUGCUGGAGCACCAGACCGAUCCGAACAUUCCGAUCCACUCGUUGAGUGCGGUCAUCAACGGCGUGGUGGACGCCGCCGUCAACGGAGGCAUUCCGAUAUACGAGGAAGCAUUCCUGACGCCGGAAUAUCUGCUCAAGUGCCCGAAUGAUGACCAUUUGGUAGCGCGGUUGAAGGACCUGAUCGCGUCCCAGAUCCCGCUGCUCGAGGUGGCCAUCCUGGUGCACAAAAUGAAGACCCCAGCUAGUUUGCUUCCCUUUCACGAUCGACUGGAGAAGUGCUUCGCAGGAAUCCAGUCCAGCGUUGAAGCCAAGUACGGUAAGCGGACGACCGACCUCAAGAUCGACCGUGACAACGAGGUCACCUUGAGAAGACAGAUCUCGGCACUGCCCCAAGUCAGUAUCGACUCCAGCCGGUUAUCGGAGACCAGCAUCGGAUCUUCAGAUAGCGGCAUCUCGAAGAGCCACAACAGUCGACCAACGACGACCAGCUCCGGCGGCUUCAAGUCGACGUUCACCAACUUUGCAACGAACUUCAACACUUCCAAUCUAACGAGUGACUUUUUCGAGUUUGACCGGCUCAGUCUGUCCAGCGUCAAGCUCGGGACCAACUCCGGCAAGCUGAUCUCCAACAUCUCGACCAAGAUUGGCAGCAAAAUUCGACAAACAUCCCUUGGAAGCUCACCGAGUUCGAAGAACAAGAAAGACAAAACGCUGACGAAGCGGCGAUCGAGUCGAAAGAUGGACCGCGAGUCGUUGACGCUGCCGGUGUCGAACAGCCUGUUCUACACGUCCCCGAUCACGACGGCCAGCGAGGUUGGCAGUAUUAGCAGCUGCAGCGAUCGGGACAGUGCCAUUUCGCAGGGUAACGUGGCCGGCGGGUACACUCCGGCGGCCUGCUCGACCCCGACCGGAAGCCUGAGCGGAGCGAGCUCGCUGGCCGUGGUGGAGCUAACAGAGGAGCUCCACCCCAAGCGACCCCUCCGCUCGGAGGUGGAAAAGGAGAAACGCCUCUCGCGGCCACCGAGCGUCGUGACGCCAACGCUGAGCGUCAAAACGCUGACCGGAGCGGACACCAACUCGAUCGGUUCCGCCGACGGCAGCAGCAACCGCAACUCGAUCAUCACGAACGACUCGACGACGUCGGAGGAGGACCUGGUGCCGCCGCCGCUUCCGGUCAAGACGGCCACCUCGCGGGACAGCGACUACAGCAAUCUGCCGCUGAACGACAGCGCUCUGCACCGGAGGUUGACCGGUCCCGGAAGUCACUACGUGACGUUUAAGCCACUUCCGCCGGUUCCGACCAAUAACAACAAUAGCGUGGUGAUCAAUUCGGCCUAUGACGUGGUCGAAACGCGGAACAAUAGCGUGAUUGUGAUCGGGCCAGCCGGUUCGUACGAUGACCGGAAGCGGCCGCCGACGCCGCCGCCGAAACCGGCUAGGAAUUCCAAGGUAUGAACAAAAAGGGUGGGAAUCAAAGCAAGCGUGUGUGUGUCAGUACAAAACUGAAGCUAUCCCUCUGAGUCGAGGGGUACUUUGAGUGAUGAUUUUUUCUUUUUCGAUAGAAAGGGUGGGAUUUGAAACGAGGUGAGUGUAGAAAGGUGGGAACGUGUGUUAGGUAGGAUUGCGAGUAGUUAGCAAAAUUUUCACUGUACUGACGCAAUAAGAGAGAUUGUAAAUGUUUAUUCCAAAUUUCAAAGCGGUUUGCGUUCCGUAAUGAAUCUAUUGCAAUUGGGUUGAAAAUCAAAUCAAAAUCGCAGAGCCAUUUAUUUUGUUUUAUGUUUUCGUCUCGCCAGCGAGACAUUCCUGUGUAUUAUUAAUAUUGUUUUAAGCAAAAGAAACAAUUUCUUCGAUUGAUGAAACUACCAAAGACAAGUUAUAGGGGCGUAUAGUGCAGACUAUAUUUUUCCAUCGGACAGAGAGUUUAACAACGUAGGAUAAAAUAAAAUGUUUAGGCUAAUGUUUACUGUGAACAAUAACCCUGCAACAAGAGCUUGUGUCAAAUUUAGGAAAUACUACUUAGGUCCAGUUUUGGAGCGUUUAUUUAUGAAGUAAUAUUUUUUCCCAUGAUAGACAUUUGUUGCACUCUUUUAUUCUAGAACAAAGAAACUUUUCCCACAAGUAAACCAUUCACCGAUACUAUUAGGGAAAGCAGAUUUUCCUCGAUUCAUCAUUCGCGCAAUAUUAUUUUCUAUUGUUUAAGAAAGUAAAAACUGCACAAACUGUAACACCCAAAACAAAACGUAACUGUUGAUUAUACGUACUGGGCUCUUCCUGGCGCAGAUUUCAAGUUCAAA